AUGAUGACCUCGGCUAGAAACUGGUUAGUCAUUCAUCAGGCGGAAACUCAAUCAGUCCCAGGUCAGGAAUUCAUCGAGAAACUUCUCUCAAGGAGCAUGUGCAUCGGCACCGUGCGAGAUGCCCAUUGCACGGCCACAGCUAUGACAAACAGAACAUGUGGUCUGAGACAUUACCGCCCACAUCCUCGGCAACUCCGCCUCCGAGCGCUGCUCUUGGAAUAUUUGGACAACAAACUAUGGGAAUCUGAGGAUGGUAUUCUUUCAACGCCUCCAUUCUACCCCAUGAUGUACCGCUCGAAGUUCCAAUUCUUCCUGCUACGAAGGCGACGUUCUCAAGAGAACGUUGCUAUGGCUAUCAAAGGGUUUUACGUUACUGAGCAACCCUUGGGUAUUCUAGGUGGUUGGAUUUUAUUCGUCACGAUCGCUCUUCGAAUGUUUUCCAUCCUUGACCCACUCUGA